CACAUUCGUUUCAGAAUCACCUCUGCCGCCCUCUUCAAUGAUGCUCAGUUCUCAGGCACAGGCCCAAGCUCUCAGGCAGUAGCAGCAGCAGUGCAUACUAGGUCUUGGGCUCACUUGGCAUCAUCUGGUCCUCAGAACAGCAUUGGGUUGCCUGCGCAGAGGCCGCCGGCCUGUGUCAAUAACCCUGUUGCAUCCAGUUCUUUCAGUCCUUCACAGAAUAAGCAGCCCAGGGUCCAGCUUCCAGAAUCGGGCACCUCGUCAGCCGGUGAGGAGGAACAACAGCUGGAGGGGGAGCUUCAGACAGCUGAGGUGGCGGUCAUCCCGUAUGUUGAGAAGAAGCCAUUUGAUUCUUAUUGCAUAGGUAAGCCGGACCUAAGAGGCGAGCCAAAGCGCAAGGUGUGUUGGGAAUUCAAUAAGGGGUCAUGCCAAGGGCAGUCUUGUAAGUAUCCGCACGAGUGUGAGAGGUGUGCAGGGGUACACCCAGCCGCAGCAUGUUACAAAGAGAAGCAGCCCUUUCAGGGAGGUCGGGGGUUCCAUCAUUCUAGUUCCAGAGGAGCCCCCGCAGCAGGGAACAGACGAUAG